AGGAACCUCUCGUUUGUUCUCCAUGCAAUAGUGCUGAGAAACUUUGGUCGGUCACACACAGACACUCAUUCUCUGCACUGAAGCAAGUACGGCCAUCUGUGACUCUUAAGGAUGGAGGAAGAAAUCUAUUAUACUACGGUAGUUUUUAAAGUUAAAGCUCCAAAAGAGAAAAAAGGGGACUCGACAAUUUACUACGCUGAAGUCAAACCUGAAGAAGCUGCUAGUACUGUACCGAAUGGUGAAGCAGCUGGAUGCUCUCGCUAUCGUGUGUUGGCGUGCGUUGGUGUGGGGAUACUCUGUGUCCUCCUGGUGGCGGGCAUCGGUUCCAUCAUCUACUUGGACAUGGAAUUGAACGAACAGCGAGCAAACCACGACUACAUCACAGCAGAAAAAGACAAGCUGAUCGUGGAGAAGAGCCUCUUAGAGCAAGAGACGAGGAAUUUGAGCAGAGUCGCAGAGAAUCUCAACAGGACGCUGGAAUUCAUCCUGACAUUUGACACCUUUCCAGUAAAUGAAUACUGCCCAGAAAAAAAGUGUCAGCCGUGUCCGAAAGAGUGGAUUCUGUUCAAGGAAAAGUGCUACCUGUUUAACGAAGAAAAUGCUCCUUGGAAGACACGGGAAGAGAGCCGAAAGUUUUGCCAGACGAAAAAAGCAGAUCUGGUUGUCGUUGACAAUCUGCAAGAACAGGAAUUCAUCAGUAAUCACACAAAGUACUACUACGACAGCUUUCAUGGAUAUUGGAUUGGGUUAGAGAAAACCAAAGACAAAUACUGGGUCUGGGUUGAUGGACGUAAGGACACUCUAGGGUACUGGAUCAAUAACGGCGCUGGCCCAUAUGCACUGUUCAUCCCUGGGAGGAAUCUCACAGCCAGCUGGGCUCCAGUGUAUCAUACAUUUUUAAACAAAUUCAUCUGUGAGAAUGACCCUCUCAUAUGGUCUAUUUAGUAAGCGCUAUCUUUGUUACUCUUCAUGUUGCGUGCAAAACUGUAUCAUCAUAUUAAUAAUGUUCCUAAAAUAGCCUGAAGAUGAUUUAGUACGCAAGUGUUCAUCAUUUUGUCUACCU